CAAGAGUUGCCUAGAAACAGUUAUCAACAAAACGCCGUGGCUAACUUUUGUUAGCCUAGGGUUAGCAUUCAAAAAUCAAGGUGGAUAGGAAGUGCAAGUCAUUUCAGACUUCCCAGCUGUCACAAAAGUCAUCGCCUCCAGUGUAUCGUAAAAAAUGUCAGUGCCUUUCUCCAACACUCACCUGCGUGUCCCGCGAGGGUUUGGUACCAUCCUGGAGGGACUGGCCAGAGAAGUCCUACGAGACCAGCCUGAAGACAUUCCUAAAUAUGCUGCACAGUACUUCGACACUCUUCUCCAACAAAGAGAAGAUAGUGGCAUGGACCCUGCUGAGUGGGCUGCUAAACUGGAAGAUAGAUUCUAUAACAACAAUGCAUUCAAGGCCACUGGGGCUAGUCCUGAAAAAGAGCCUGCAACAGAGGUGGCCUUUUACAAGUGAGUCUCAAUUUAUGUGCUAUCAACAGUCAGGAGGAUCAACAGGAGAGGGAGAGGAUGGGCAUGAGGGAAAGAAUAGUCACAAGUGAAGAAGAAAUUAGAAUAAAAUAUUAUAUUUUUUCAUCUUUAUUAUUUAGGUUUUCAUCUCAAAUCACUCUGUGAGGUAUUUCGUAGAGGUGGUUGUUGUUGUUUUUUGCCCUGAUUAGGAAAUAGCAUUAUGGAAAAAAAACUUAACACCCAACAGCUUCACCUGCCAUGAGGUUUGGACAUAGGACAUGUCCUUUUUAAAUGCUAGAAAAUAAUCAUGUAUAUUUGUUAAAAUAAUGUGUUAAGUUUUUUAAAACAAAUACAGUAGCAUGUAAGAUCUACUUUAGUAUAUGAACAGACCAAGUCUAUGUCAUGCUUCAGCUUUCUCAGACAGAUCAAUGUAAAGAACCUCUCAAGCUAAAAUACACUGUGAAAUAGAGGCCUGUUAUUACCACAGAACAUAAGUUCGUGUUGAAAGCGCUUUCAGUUUUGCGGUGUCAAUGGUGAGAGAAAAGGGCAGGACCGAAAGACAAGAGCUGCAGGAAGACAGUCGCAGUUUCCAGAUGAGUGUCACAGAGGCAUUAUCACAUUGUAUUGUUUUGAAGAAACAUCACUUAAAUCACUAUUAUCACUUAAAUUUCCUACUUGUUGCAUAGAACACUUCUCAAC